GGAGCGUGUCAGUCCACCACCAAAACGCAUUUGUACAAGAGGAAAUAGCGGUAAAGCUCAGGUUCAGAGCAUAAAAGAAACAUCAACACGCAAGUGGAAUCAAAACAUCAGAAUUAGUCACCGGACAUCGCUUUGAUUCGGCACCAAGGUACAAAACGACCACUUGGUACAGUACAGUUCCACUAUUUUGGAAGUUUUGCUCUGUUUUUGGUAACUUUAUAAUAAUACAGCGGGACUUGUUCUGGAGAGGGAGUCAAUUGGGACACUGAAGACUCGGUGUCCAAGCAGCACCUUUGCAGCGCACACUUGUAUUUGACUGUCUGAUUUGAAAUAUGUCCACAAUAAUGGAACAGCCUUUUUAUGACGACUCGUUUCUCUCUGCUUAUGGCCAUCCAGGCGCUGCCUUGCCAGACUACAAGCUGCUAAAGCAGAAUAUGAACUUGAACUUCUCCGAUUCAUAUCGGAACUCAAACCUCAAGUCACAGCACCUGCGCGCCGACAGUGAUUUCUACUCAGCGGGGACGGCAGACGUGGGCUCUCUGAAGCUUGCCUCCCCUGAGCUGGAGCGCUUGAUCAUCCAGAACAGCAACGGGGUCAUCACCACAACACCAACCCCGACCCAAUACCUCUACAACCGUGGGAUCACAGAGGAGCAGGAGGGUUUUGCUGACGGUUUCGUUAAAGCACUGGACGACCUCCACAAGAUGAACCAGAUGGCUCCUCCAAACGUGUCCAUCGGUACCGGUGGAGUUGGCUGCUCGGCAUCCACUUCGGUGUUCGGCUCAUCCAUUCAGCCAGAGCCGCUUGAGUACACCACUCUGAGCAACUGCACCCCGAACCCCAGCCUGUCCUCCGCGGCCAGCUACCCCUCCACCACCAUCAGCUACCUGCCUCACCACCAGUAUCACCAGCAUCCCCAGGCAGUAGCGCACGGCUCUCACCACUUCCAGCACUCGCUGGCCGGAGCGGGCCUGCAUCCGCAGCGCUUUGGCGGGUUGAAGGAAGAGCCUCAGACAGUCCCCGACAUGCACAGCACCGACAGCGGGUCUCCGCCGAUGUCUCCCAUCGACAUGGAGAACCAGGAGCGUAUCAAAGCGGAGCGCAAGCGGCUGAGAAACAGGCUUGCAGCCACAAAGUGCAGGAAGCGCAAGCUGGAGCGUAUCGCUCGUCUGGAGGACAAGGUGAAAGUCCUCAAGACAGAUAACGCCGGACUGUCCAGCACUGCGUCCCUACUGCGGGAACAGGUGGCCCAGCUCAAACAGAAAGUCAUGACACAUGUCAGCAGUGGCUGUCAGCUCAUGCUGGCGCCCAAGGUGAAGUCCUAUUGAAGAGACUGUGUACUUUGAAAACACUGGACAAUAUUUGGAGAGUAUGUC